AUGGCUACCAAGUUUAAACCUUUUGAUGUUGUAAUUGCAAGGUAUUUACUUAAGCCAAAUGAAGUAUUUCACUUAUCCAAACCAUUGAUGUAUGGUGCUAAAAUUAAUACAGGAUUCGGAUCAAUCAAUCAUGAUGAUAUUAUAGGCAAACCUUUGCGUUCAAUUGUAUUUGGAGAUAAAGAUAAAAAACACAAAUAUAUCGUAACGCGAGCCAGACUUUCUGAAUACGUGAUCAAUGUAAAAAGAGAGGCUCAGCCUAUUUAUCCAGUUGAUGCAUCUUUAAUUGUCCAGGCAGCAGAUAUAAAUGUAUCCUACCCAACAUUGAAAUCAGUGGAUGAUACUGAAAUUUAUAAGGAGAUUGACAUAUUUAGACGAAGAGGAUAUAAAUUGGCAAAAAAUAAAAGGAAUGAUAUAAAAAACGAUAGUUCCAGUAUCAAUAAAAAAGAGGAAAUAAUUCAAGAAAAAUUAUUGAUACUGCAUGGACCAAUAAAUUCAUACAAUGGUAAAACCAUUACUCGAUGUAGCACUCCACCGUUACAAUUUUUAGAAUGUGGGACAGGUCAUGGAUCAUUAACUUUACAAAUCUGUAAAAGUAUUCAUGCAUCUAAUUGUUAUUUUGAUGGGAUAAAUGAUUUAAGCAGAGGAUCGAUAAUACAUUCAUUGGACAGAAAUUUGAAGCAUAUGAAAAUUGGUAUAGGUACAGUUUCCGGAUUUCAAAAGGGGAUUUACUUAGAUGAUGUAGAAUUUCAUUACGAACCAAUAGGACCAAGCAACUGGGUUAAUAGUGACAUAGCAAAUUAUUAUAGGCAGCUUUGUGAUACAACGGAGUUUCUGCAGGGGUGUUUUUUGGAUAUGCCCUCUCCUGAACAUGAAUUUACUGAAUUAUCUAAAUAUUUAACGGUAGAUGGUUUUAUCAUAGUUUUUACACCAUCUAUUUCACAAAUUUGGGAUUGUUAUACGUUUGUUAAAGAUAAUGACUUAAAAUUAACCCUAGUCAGCACUUUUGAAUUACUGACGGGUGGUAAUGGUGGUAUGAGAGAGUGGGAUGUUAGACGGGUCAUGAUUAGAAAUUCUGAAAUGGUAGGUAAAGUAGUAAAACCAAGAAUUGGUGUAAGAAUAGUAGGUGGAGGGUUUAUUGGUAUAUUUAGGAAAAUCCCAUAA